AUGGCACCCACAACCACCCGAGCGCCUCCGACGACCCAACAAGCGCCCGUUCCCCUCCCCUCGACCGCGCAUCUGCCCCCACAAGCCACGCCGGCAACGCAAGCCGCCGCUCAAGCUUCGUCGGCUCAACAGGAUGCGCUGUCCGUCAUCCUCGUGACGGGAGGGUAUGACAACACGAUCAGGUUUUGGGAGGCCUGGAGUGGGGUCUGUUCGAGGACGCUGAACCAUCAAGAACAUGUACGUGUGCGGGAGGGCGGCCGGUGGUGGGGCUGCAGAGGUCGGAUCGCGAAGAGCUCGAACGGGCUUGCGUGGGGCAAGAGCAUGUACUUCUUCGAGUGAGAUGGAACUGACAAUGUUGGGUCCUGUACCGCAGCAAGUGAAUCGACUCAAGAUCUCGCCGGACAAGCGGUACCUCGCCGCAGCGGGCAACGGCACCGUCAAGCUCUACGACAUCGCUACCUCAGCAGCAGGUGUAGGAGGCGCGAAUGUGCCACCAGUCAGUCGAGCAUGAUUCGUCUUCUCCUGCUCUGACUUGGAGCUGAGCGUGGUCCGAUUCCGAUGGAUCUUUGCGACGAACCAGCUCAUCACCCUGACCGGUCACUCGGCGAACGUCACCAGUUUGGCAUGGCAUGCCGAGGGAAAAUGGCUCGUCUCGGGCUCGGAAGAUGGUACCGUCAAGAUCUGGGAUGUCAGGUUCGUCCUAGCAACGGGCCAAAGCUCGCUCAAAGCUCGCUGAAGAGGCCACAAGAGCUCAUAUCGGAUCGAAGGUGCUUUCCCUCCCAUCCUCCGCCGCCGGCUGUCCUCGUAUUAUCCCGACCACACAUACACACUUCCAACAGAACGGCCACACCACAACGAAACUAUGCGCACAACGCCCCCGUCAACGACCUGGCAUUACACUCGAACCAAGGCGAACUCAUCUCGUGCGACCAGAAUGGAGCGAUCAAGAUUUGGGACCUCGGCGCCGAUUGCUGUUCGCAUGAUUUGGUGAGAGGCGCACAGCGGAAACUUUGAAAGGUUAGAGAGAUGGUCUAGUUGCUGAUGGAGGAAAUUCGUUGCGUGCGAUUUGCAGUUGCCGGAGGAGGACGUUCCAAUGCGUUCGGUAUCAAUCGCUUCGGAUGGAUCGGCUUUGGUCGGAGGGAAUCACAAGGUGGGCUGCUCAGCUCCACAAAACAGGCGCUCUCUUCGAAUUUUGCUGAUCAUCGGGUCUUGAUGAAAUUUCGCGUCACAGGGUAUCGUCUACGUCUGGACUAUUCAGCCAGGAUUGGCGUUCACCUCGUUGCAGCCCAAGACCAAGUUCCAGGCGCAUUCGAGAUACCUCAUCAAAGUGCUCGUUUCUCCAGACACAAAGUACGCCGAGGAUCCUCCCCCCAUCCUUGUACGAUCGGCUGAUGACAAAAUUUCUUCAAUCCACUCGAUCUUCUGCCGCCUCCCACUCCUCUCCUCCUCUGACAACCCAUCCCCAAUGUCCAGAAACCUCGCCACCUGUUCCGCCGAUACGACGAUCAAGAUCUGGUCACCCAAAGACGACGGCAACUACUCACUCGACAAAGUACUACAAGGCCAUCAGCGUUGGGUGUGGGAUAUGGCUUAUAGCGCCGAUUCGGCUUAUCUCGUUUCCGGUUAGUUUACUUUUCUUCUGGUCGGUCGAUUGAGUGGAGGGACGGGUUGAAGUUGGAGGAAGAGGCUCGCUGACCGUUCUUGUUCGAUUGUUGUCAGCCUCGUCGGAUCAUACAGCUCGGUUAUGGGAAUUGGCGAGCGGGACGACGGUGCGGCAGUAUUCGGCGCAUCAUAAAGCUUGGUUGGUCCUGGGAUCCCACCUUCCCACCUUCUCGAUCGAUAGCUUGCGUUCCGCAGGACUGAUUGGGUUGCUCUGA